GAGUAAUGAGAGAGCAGGAGGAAAAUAUUGGUCCUCGCUUACUUCUCGUAGUUGAGAGACUUUUUGGAUUCUUCGCAGGAUCAGAGCCAGGACGCGCCGCACAGGACGCACGGAUGUGACACUAUCGUUCUCCAUCUUUCCUCACAGACUGAUAUGAUGGACAAAUAGCAGCAGGAGGAGGAGAAGAUAAUGUCUUUCUUUGGCCUUGACUGUGUCAGGAGGAAAGAGAGAGAGCUGGAGAGGAAACUCCGUGCCAAUGACAGAGAGUACAACCUGUCCUUUAAAUAUGCAACGAACGCCAUCAAGACCUCCAAGUACAACCUCUUCACCUUCCUACCUCUCAACCUGUUUGAGCAAUUCCAGAGGAUCGCAAAUGCCUACUUCCUCUUUCUGCUGGUGCUUCAGGUGAUUCCUCAAAUCUCCUCUCUGUCCUGGUUCACCACUGUUGUGCCUCUGGUCCUCGUGCUGACGGUGACGGCAGCCAAGGAUGCGACUGAUGAUAUUAAUCGUCACCGGAGCGACAAUCAAGUCAACAACCGAAAAGCUCAAGUCCUUAUCGACAGAAAACUACGCAGCGAGAAAUGGAUGAACGUCCAGGUCGGAGACAUCAUCAAGCUGGAAAACAACCAGUUUGUCACGGCUGACCUCCUGCUGCUCUCCAGCAGUGAACCACUCAACCUGGUUUAUAUUGAGACAGCAGAGCUGGACGGAGAGACGAACCUGAAGGUGAGGCAGGCCUUGACGGUGACAGGAGACCUUGGAGACGAUGUCGAAAAACUUGCUGACUUCAAUGGCGAGGUAUGCUGUGAGGCCCCCAACAACCGCCUCGAUCAAUUCACAGGAACACUAACAUGUGCCGGUCAGAAAUACCCACUAGAUAACAAGAAGAUCCUGCUGAGAGGCUGCACCCUGAGGAACACUGAGUGGUGCUUUGGACUGGUGCUGUUUGGAGGUCCAGAAACAAAGCUGAUGCAGAACUGUGGGAAAAGCACAUUCAAGAGGACGAGUAUAGAUCGUCUGAUGAAUGUCCUCGUCCUCUGUAUCUUUGGUUUCCUGGCCUUCAUGUGCACCAUCUUGGCUAUAGGAAACUGGUUCUGGGAGGUGAACGAAGGCUCACAGUUCACAGUUUUCCUGCCGAGGCAAGAUGCCACUGAUGCUGGGUUCUCGGCCUUCCUCACGUUCUGGUCCUACGUCAUUAUCCUCAACACUGUGGUGCCCAUCUCCCUCUACGUCAGUGUGGAGAUCAUUCGACUAGGGAACAGCUUCUACAUUGACUGGGACAGGAAGAUGUACUACGCUCGCAAUGACACCCCAGCCGAGGCUCGGACCACCACCCUGAAUGAGGAGCUAGGCCAAAUUAAAUACGUCUUCAGUGACAAAACAGGGACACUCACUCAGAAUAUCAUGAUUUUCAACAAGUGCUCCAUCAACGGCAAAUCCUAUGGAGAUGUUUAUGACUACACUGGUCAAAGACUAGAAAUUACUGAGAGUACAGAGAUAGUGGACUUCUCCUUCAACCCUCUUGCUGACCCACGCUUUGUGUUCCAUGACCACGCCUUGGUGGAGGCAGUGAAGCUGGAGAACCCAGAGGUCCAUGCUUUCUUCAGACUGCUGGCCCUCUGCCACACCGUCAUGGCUGAGGAGAAGACGGAGGGUGAGCUUCUCUACCUGGCCCAGUCCCCAGAUGAGGGAGCCUUGGUGACGGCAGCCCGAAACUUUGGUUUCGUGUUUCGCUCACGUACGCCAGACAGCAUUUCCAUCAUGGAAAUGGGACAGCAGCGCAGCUACGAACUUCUGGCCAUCCUGGAUUUCAACAACGUUCGCAAGAGGAUGUCUGUCAUAGUUCGGAGUCCAGAGGGGAAACUCUCUCUCUACUGUAAAGGUGCAGACACAAUAAUCUACGAGAGGCUGCAUCAAUCCUGCAGUAAACUGAUGGACGUCACUACAGAGCACCUCAAUGAGUUUGCUGGGGAGGGCCUGCGUACUCUGGCACUGGCCUAUAAGGAUCUUGAUGAGGACUACUUCAAUGAAUGGAGACAGCGCCACCAUGAGGCCAGCACCACAAUGAGCGAUCGGGAGACCAAACUGGACCAGUUGUACGAGGAGAUAGAGAACGAUCUCCUGCUGCUCGGAGCAACAGCCAUAGAAGACAAGUUACAAGACGGAGUACCUCAGACUAUUGAGCAGCUUUCCAAAGCUGACAUCAAAGUCUGGGUUUUGACUGGUGACAAACAAGAAACGGCAGAAAACAUUGGCUACUCGUGCAACCUACUGCGAGAGGAGAUGAAUGAGAUCUUUAUCAUCUCCAGCAACUCGCCUGAGGACGUCAGAGAGGAACUGAGAAAUGCCCGAACAUCUAUGAAACCAGAUACACCGGAGUCAAUGUUUCUGCCAGAAAGGACGGCGGUUAAUGGUGUGAAAUUGAUGACGGAUGAGGUGGUGAGCGGCGAGUACGGUCUGGUUAUUAACGGCCACAGUCUGGCGUACGCUCUGGAGCGCAGCAUGGAGCUGGAGUUCCUGAGGACCGCGUGUCUGUGUAAAUCAGUGAUUUGCUGCAGGGUCACUCCUCUGCAGAAAGCUCGGGUGGUCGAGCUGGUCAAAAAGUACAAACAAGUGGUCACACUGGCCAUCGGGGACGGAGCCAACGAUGUCAGCAUGAUCAAAGCGGCUCAUAUAGGUGUGGGCAUCUCAGGUCAGGAGGGCAUGCAGGCUGUUCUGUCCAGCGACUUCUCUUUCGCUCAGUUCCGCUUCCUGCAGCGCCUCCUGCUGGUGCACGGCCGCUGGUCCUACCUGCGCAUGUGCAAGUUCCUGCGCUACUUCUUCUACAAGAACUUCACCUUCACCUUCGUCCAUUUCUGGUACGCCUUCUUCUGCGGCUUCUCCGCACAGACGGUGUAUGAUGAGUGGUUUAUAACACUUUACAAUCUGGUGUACACAGCACUACCUGUGCUGGGAAUGAGUCUGUUUGAUCAGGAUGUGAACGAUGUGUGGAGUUUCCAGCAUCCACAGCUCUACGUCCCCGGUCAACUUAACCUCUACUUCAGUAAGAGAUCCUUCUUCAAGUGUGCCCUCCACAGCUGCUACAGCUCCCUCGUGCUCUUCUUCAUCCCCUACGCGGCCAUGCACAACACCGUGAGAGACGACGGCAAGGACGUCGCCAAUUACCAGUCCUUUGCCCUCGUAACGCAGACAUGCCUGCUGUUUGCCGUCACCAUCCAGUUGGGCCUGGAAAUGUCUUAUUGGACUGCAGUCAACACUGUCUUUGUGCUGGGCAGCCUGGCCAUGUAUUUCAUGGUCACCUUCACCAUGUACAGUGACGGCCUGUUUCUCAUGUUGCCGUCUGCCUUCUCUUUCAUAGGAACUGCCCGAAACACUCUCAACCAGCCCAAUGUCUGGUUGACCAUUUUCCUCACUUCCACUCUGUGCAUUCUUCCUGUGGUUACCUACCGCUUCCUGUGGAUUCAGCUCUACCCCACCAUCAAUGACAAGGUGAUGUUCAAGGUGAGACAGACCAAAGCGACACCACCCGCUCCUCCUCAACGUCACCGCAUCCGCCGCACCAGCUCCCGCCGCUCAGGCUACGCUUUCUCACACGCCCAGGGCUACGGGGACCUGGUGACGUCCGGUCGGUUCCUUCGUCGCCCCGCUGUGUCCCGAUCAUCGGGUUUUGCAAACAUGGGUCGCGCCACCACGGGCUUCAGUCCCAUGGGGCGAUCAGCCGGAUACAGCCCGACGGGACGUCCGCAGAAUUCUAAGGCCCCGGACGUGGAGGUGACGUCGCUGCAAAUGUACAGGACCAUCAGAGAUCCCGCCCUCUGAGUUCUGGAGGUUGUUUGGAGAAAUCCUGGGAGCAGAUGAUAACUGCACAUCUGAAUGUCACCGGCAGUGUUUACAUUUGCAAAACACAGCAGCGUUUUUGCUGCAAGCAUUUCAUUUUAUUUUUAAUCAAAUCUUUAUGCAUUUAAUUCAAGCAUUCACAUUUUUAAGAUAAAAUACUUGCUUUUGUUUUGUAUUAGGGAACUGCAGCUAAAUGUGUAGCCACUUCUUAUUCUCUAAGGAUAUUUAGCUCCUUAAACAAAUGAAAUGUUUCCGACACUAGACACAGUUACAGGGUGAUUUAUUUUUUUAAUGAGAAGAAGAAAGUGUCAUCAUGUUUACAGACGUCCCAGACAUUUUUUUUUUUUAUCAUGGGAGUCCAGAUGCACAUUGGAGCUUUGUCAAGGAAAUAACCAGCAACAUGUUGCACUGGUUAUUUAAAUAUAUGUACCACAAGUGUCUUUUUAAAGCUUUUAAAUGUUCCUAUCUCGGAGGCUGUGUAAGCAGUUAGCACUUUAACAGCUUCACAUGACAGUGGGAGGUGUUAUAAAUGUUCUUUUUCACUGGCUCGAUGGAGGAGAUGGAAAAAGGAAAUCAGCAGGAUUCAGUCUUGUGGGAUCAUCCACAUUUUGAAGGGCAUUGCAGACUCUUAUUCUAAGUGUGUGUUUUGUUUUGCCAGCUCACUGCGCUGGAUGAAUUUCAGGAAACAUUUCAAGGAAAACAGGGAUAAUUAAGCUAAAAUCAUUAGUACCAGUGUUAAAGGAUCUUUAGUAGUGAAUCAUUUUAUCCUCUGGCAGCUUCUAAAUUGCAAUCAAAUAUAAUAAUCUAGGAGCAUCAAUAGAGGGGAAUUACAUCAUGGGAUAUUACAGUUUAGUCUGGAUCCAGUUUCAAAAUCUACAACCAAGUCCCUCCUGACUUAACUGGAUGAAUGUUGCAUAAUAUGGCUGACACAAGACAAAAUUUACUUUUGCAGCUGUGCAUCAAAGGAAGUUGUUCAGUAUAGGUUUUUUAACUGAUGUGCAGAAAAAGGCGUUCGAUUGUGACCACUCAAAGCUCUGCUUCACAUUAUCGAUCCACACUACACUCUAUCCACAGCCCCACAGCCCACUGUCUCAUUUCUGAUCCGUGUAUUAAUUAACCACUUUUAACGCCAUUAGUUAACUAAUAGACUAUUUUGAAAAUAGUCCCUUAAUACAAAGUGGUACAAAUGUGUCUGCAGUCCAACAUGACAUUUCUAGAAUGUACUUCAGUGUUAAAGCAGCUGUAUGUAAGAUUAUUCCUGUGUUGAAUGAACAGAUCAUAACGCAACUUAAAAAAGAGGGAGAGCUUCUGCAACUUCCUCUGCGUACAAUGGCCUGUAGAUUGAUUAGUAUGAAUUAUUGAUACAAGGUCAGAUUUUCCACAAAAAUGUAAUCGAUGUAACGUCAUGUGAUCAGUGGCUGACUUCCACCACAGUAGCAAGUGAGUUGUAGAUUGUGUAGGAAUGGAGUCUGUGAAUAUCAACAAACAACAACACCGACUCCACAGAAGCAUAAAAAGAUUUAAAGAAAGGUUUUUAUCAUGCGCCAUGCCUAACAGAAAGGUGACCAACUCAACAAGUGAUGACGAGAGUGCUGCUUCAGUUACCUCAUCUGCGUGCGUACAUGACCGUGAGUAAAAUACUAGUCACACAGUUACAGCUUCACAUAGAGAACUGUUUUUUGAAACUUGUCUUUAUUUUUAGCCCCUUUUCGGUCCAGGGUUUACGUUCAGUGUUGCCAGUUAAUUGUAACUCAGAAUCUAAAAGGCCUAAUGCAAGCCUCAUGUUUGGCACAUUGUAUGUGGUGAGGCUGUCAUUGUAGUUCAAUAAUCAGAACGGAAUGUGUGUAUAAUGAGUGUCUGCCUCAGCAGCUUUUUAACAUCCCACCCAUGUUCGAUUUUGUCUGUGACAGCUGACAGGGAAAAGACCCUGUGCUUUUUGUGUAGUAACAAAUGUAUAGUGCAGACAUCGAAAUGCUGAAUGAACCAUGUCUACCUGUGUUUGGCUGAAUUUAUCAUCAUACUCUGCGCACACUACUAACUGGACAGAGUGCUACAGACACAUUUGGGUUCAUAUUUGUCCUGCGGUGAGUGCAGAACAGGGCCUGGAAAACCCGGCCCAGAUGUUUUAGAAUCUUUUUUUUUUUAUUGAAAACUGUAUCAGUGCUCAGUCAAUGCUCAGUAAAGUACUGUGUUUGAAAAUCAGGACGUAAGAUAUGAUGCAAGAGAAAACAAAGACACUGCCUUAAUAUUAAAAGAAAAGGGAAACUCCGCCUUAGGUAAGACAGAAAUAAAAAUGAACAGAAUGUAUGGCCCAUGAUUGUUAUUCUACUAGCAACGAGGACGAGCAGUGCUUUUAGUGUGCGAUUGUUUUCAAAUGGUCCAAAAAUGGAAUAGUUCCAUAAAUGUGCAAUAAUGUUUAUAUAUGCACAAUUUUGUUCUUCACACUUCAUGGUAUCCAUGUAUAUGCAACAGUUCAGUUACAGCUGAUGGACGUCCUGAUGUCAUAAACCUGUUGGAGGUUUCUAGUGUCUGUGUCUCAGUCAGAGCAUUAUUGUACUAAUUGCCCUGUAUUAGUGUGAACCAAAGAUUUUUGUUGUGAAGAGUUGUAUGUCACAGUUUCGGUAAAAAACUGUAAAACUGUUUCUCAUUCAAGUCGGACUUUUAUACAAAGCUAAAGCUGAUUUAUUCCAUCAGCAGUUUAAUUGAAAUGUUUGAUUGUGAAGUACUCCUCAAGGAAAUAUUUAUAUUUCCAGGUUGUUUGCAAAAGUAAAGACCAGUUGUUUUGAAUUUGCUAAAAUUCACAUACAUCGUGUGUAAGUAUUUCCAGUAAUACUGUGGUACUUUCCAAAAGAAAUUGCACCCAUAUAAAUCAUUUUAUGGUUAUGGUUGUAAAUAUCAGUGGUAUUUAUCAAUAUGUUAUACUAUCAUUAUUUCCCUUUGACCUGAAAGGACCAAAACCAUAACAUGAAAGGAUUUUUUUUUUUAUUUUCGUGUGAAACAUGACAAAAAAUCUAUUGAUUUUUGAACAACUCUUCCUAAUAAUCAUUUUGUAUCAUUGUGUAUCAUUUACUGCAAUAAAAACAUCAAUAUACA